GCGAGUGGCAGCGACCAGUCUUGUACCUUACUUUUCAAUUUACUCCUCGCUCAGCAUGCAGUCGUUCCUCUUUUUCGGUCUUGCCAUGCUCGCCUCUGCCGCGGCCCACGGUGGCGAUGGUCCGUCGAAGGCGCCGUGUACGGAAGCCCAAACGCUCAACGUCACGACGUGGCUUGCCGCGCCCGUGGACGCUGGGUGCUCGACCGCGCUUUCGGUGAUCACGUCGGCUGCGAAGCUGCUUGUAAACUACACGGACGCCGAGCUCACGCCGCUUUGCGCGAGCAAGACCUGCAUGAAGUACAUCCACGCUGGCUUGCACGCGCUCCCCAACUGCGUUUCAGGCGCGACGGGCAACGCCAACGCCGCCCUCGACGUCGUGCAUGACAAGUGCCACGAGCUCGAGCCCAAGACUGGCAACCAGACCUCGUCGCCGCAGCCGAAGACGACCAACAGCACGAUUGGUACGCCGACGCCUACGCCGGUGCCGACUGCGAAGUCGGCGGGCGCUUUGGUCCAAGUCUCGAUGGCUGUUGUGGUCGUGACGGCCCUCGCCGCUUGCGUGUAAGACGUUCAACGUAAAGGUUUAUGACACAUACUUGUCGGAACGCGUUUCGUUCAGUUUGCGAGUUUCUAUUGUAAAUGACCCUCCCGCAACCGUCCCUUGCGGAGUGGGCUCGUAAGAACGAAGCAAUAUCGUGUACAAA